AGUUCGUAUUCCCCAGUGGUUUCUCGGGAGCUAAUCAUUUACCCCCGCCCACUCCCUUCCCAGAGAAUUAUGGGUAUGGCCUUUUCUAUCCCCGCCCCUUCCUGUUUUCCCACCCAGAGGAUUCUGGGUAACAAGUAGGCCCCAGACUCUGGGAAAAUUUUAUGUCCCUUGUCCCCCUUUCUCCCAGAGGAUUCUGGGUAACUUUUCCUCCCAUUCCCCACCCCCCCACCUUUCCCACGCCCUCCCCCUACCCCAGGUGCAUCUGGGCUAAGCCAGGCAGGUAAGGGGGGGGGAUGGUGUGGGCGGUAAGGCAAGACAGUGUGUGGGGAAGAGGUACAGGGAAGAAAUGGGACGGUAGGAGGUGAGGGUCUGUGGAGAGAGGGUGGAAGACCCCCUUGGUAAUGGAGGUUGUCUGAUUUCCCGGGUUACCUGACCCAGGUACCCAGGAAAGCCCACAGUGGGGCUCUGGCUAGCCAUCGGUGGCUGGGCCUGCCUCCCCCUUUCCUCCCCGCCACGUACAGCUGUUCGUCUCCCCCAGCAGACCAGGAUGUCUUCUUAGAGGCCACCCUACUAAAGGUUCGGGACCUGGCCAGUAGAAGGGGUCGGGGCGGGAGGGUGGGGGGACCUUGCCUGCUUCGACUGUCGUCAUGAACUUUGAGGGCCUGGAUCCUGGACUGACGGAGUAUGCCCCAGCCCUGCAUCCCACCCUGGACCCUGUCCUGGAUGCCCACCUGAACCCUAGUCUGCUGCAGAAUGUGGAGCUGGACCCCGAGGGAGUGGCCCUGGAGGCACUGUCUGUCCCAGAGUCUGUGCACAUCAUGGAAGGCGUCUACUCUGAGCUGCACAGUGUGGUAGCCGAGGUGGGCGUGCCUGUAUCCGUCUCCCACUUCGACCUCCACGAGGAGAUGCUGUGGGUGGGGAGUCAUGGGGGCCAUGCCACCUCAUUCUUUGGCCCAGCCCUGGAGCGCUAUUCAUCCUUCCAAGUCAAUGGCAGUGAUGACAUUCGGCAGAUCCAGAGCCUGGAGAAUGGUGUUCUUUUUCUUACUAAGAACAACUUAAAGUACAUGGCCCGUGGGGGACUCAUUAUCUUUGAUUACCUCCUGGAUGAGAGUGAGGACAUGCACAGCCUCCUCCUGACUGAGAGCAGCACCCUGCUUGUAGGUGGACUACAAAACCAUGUACUGGAGAUUGACCUCAACACUGUCCAGGAAACACAGAAGUAUGCUGUGGAGGUACCGGGCAUCACCAUCAUGAGGCAGUCAAGUCGCUUUUUCUUCUGUGGUCACACAUCUGGCAAGGUAUCUCUUCGGGAUCUUCGUACUUUCAAGGUGGAGCAUGAAUUUGAUGCCUUCUCAGGGAGUUUGUCAGACUUUGAUGUGCAUGGCAACCUGCUAGCAGCCUGUGGCUUCUCUAGCCGCUUGAGUGGUUUGGCCUGUGACCGAUUCCUCAAGGUCUAUGAUUUGCGAAUGAUGCGAGCCAUUACACCACUCCAAGUGCACGUUGACCCUGCCUUCCUGCGCUUCAUCCCAACUUAUACCUCCCGCCUUGCCAUCAUCUCCCAGACAGGGCAGUGCCAAUUUUGUGAGCCCACAGGCCUGGCCAACCCAGCAGACAUCUUCCAUGUGAAUCCUGUGGGGCCUUUGCUGAUGACAUUUGAUGUGUCAGCCAGCAAGCAAGCCCUGGCCUUUGGGGACUCAGAGGGCUGUGUACACCUCUGGGCUGAUUCUCCUGAGGCAUCUUUCAACCCCUAUUCCCGUGAAACUGAAUUUGCCCUACCUUGCCUUGUUGACUCACUGCCACCCCUGGACUGGAACCAGGACCUACUGCCUCUCUCUCUCAUCCCAGUUCCACUCACCACUGACACUCUUCUCUCUGACUGGCCAGCUGCCAACUCUGCUCCUGCUCCCAGGCGGGCACCACCCGUGGAUGCAGAGAUUCUGCGCACCAUGAAGAAGGUGGGCUUCAUUGGCUAUGCACCCAAUCCCCGAACCAGGCUUCGUAACCAGAUCCCUUACCGCCUCAAGGAACUGGAUAGUGAAUUUGACAACUUCAGCCAGGUUCCUGAGUCACCUAUAGGGCGGGAAGAGGAGCCACAUCUCUAUAUGGUUUCCAAAAAAUAUCGAAAGGUGACCAUCAAAUACUCAAAGCUAGGGCUGGAGGAUUUUGACUUUAAGCACUACAAUAAGACAUUAUUUGCUGGACUGGAACCCCACAUUCCCAAUGCCUAUUGUAACUGCAUGAUCCAGGUCUUGUACUUCCUUGAGCCUGUCCGCUGUCUAAUCCAGAACCACCUGUGCCAGAAGGAAUUCUGCCUGGGCUGUGAGUUGGGCUUCUUGUUCCAUAUGUUGGACCUGUCUCGUGGUGAUCCAUGCCAGGGCAGUAACUUCCUGAGGGCAUUCCGCACCAUCCCUGAAGCCUCAGCCCUAGGCCUAAUCCUGGCUGAUUCAGAUGAGGUUUCAGGCAAGGGCAAUCUGGCCAGGCUCAUCCAGAGGUGGAAUCGUUUUAUUCUGACACAGCUACACCAAGACAUGCAGGAACAGGAAGGCCCUCAGGCUUAUAGGGGUGCAGGAGGCAGCUUUUGUUCAUCAGGGGACUCAGUCAUUGGGCAGCUCUUCAGUUGUGAGGUGGAGAACUGUAGCCUGUGCCGAUGUGGCAAAGAAACAGUGCGUGUGUCAUCUACCCUGCUCUUCACACUCUCCUAUCCUGAGAGCCACAGUAAUGAUAAGACUGUGAAGAACUAUGACUUUGCUCAGGUAUUGAAGAGAAGCAUCUGCCUGGAGCAGAACACACAGGCUUGGUGUGAGAACUGUGAGAAGUACCAGCCCACAAUCCAGACCCGCAACAUUCGCCAUCUCCCAGAUAUUCUAGUUAUCAACUGUGAGGUCAACAGCUCUAAAGAAGCUGAUUUCUGGAAGCUGCAGGCAGAGUUUGCCUUCAAGAUGGCAGUAAAGAAGGCAGGUGGGGAGAUCCCUAAAAGCAAAGAGAGUGCUCUGGCUGAUUGGAAGGACCUAGGAAGUCCAAAAGGGCGGCCUUUGUGUACUUCCAUUGAGGAGCUAAAGAAUGUCUGGCUUCCAUACUCCAUUCAAAUGAAGCUGACGAAGAACAAGGGAUUGGAUGUCAGCAACUGGACUGAUGGGGAUGAGCAGAGCCCACUCAGGGAAGAGGAAGGUAACGUCUAUGUGUAUGACCUUAUGGCUACUGUGGUCCACAUUCUGGAUUCACGAACAGGGGGCAGCUUGGUAGGUCACAUCAAAGUUGGGGAGACCUACCACCAGCGCAAAGAGGGUGUUACUCACCAGCAGUGGUACCUCUUCAAUGACUUCCUUAUUGAACCUGUGGAUAAGUGUGAGGCUGUGCAAUUUGACAUGAGCUGGAAGGUGCCCGCUAUCUUAUAUUAUGUCAAGAGGAACCUCAACAACAAAUACAACCUGAGCAUCAAGAACCCUAUUGAAGCAAGCGUGCUGCUGGCCGAGGCCUCGCUGGCCCGGAAGCAGCGCAAGACCCAUGCUACCUUCAUCCCACUGAUGCUGAGUGAGAUGCCACAGGCCGGGGACCUGGUGGGCCUGGAUGCUGAAUUUGUCACCCUUAAUGAGGAGGAGGCAGAGCUGCGUAGUGAUGGCACCAAGUCCACCAUCAAACCAAGCCAGAUGUCAGUGGCUAGAAUCACCUGUGUUCGGGGUCAAGGGCCAAACGAAGGUGUCCCCUUCAUUGAUGACUACAUCUCUACACAGGAACAGGUGGUGGAUUACUUGACCCAGUACUCGGGGAUAAAGCCUGGAGACCUUGAUGCUAAGAUUUCCUCCAAGCACCUUACCACUCUCAAGUCUACCUAUUUGAAACUUCGCUUCCUUAUAGAUAUUGGUGUCAAGUUUGUGGGUCAUGGAUUGCAGAAGGACUUCCGGGUCAUCAAUCUCAUGGUGCCCAAAGACCAGGUCAUUGAUACUGUCUACCUCUUCCACAUGCCCCGAAAACGAAUGAUCUCCUUGCGCUUCCUUGCUUGGUAUUUCUUGGAUCUCAAGAUCCAAGGGGAGACCCAUGAUAGCAUUGAAGAUGCCCGAACAGCUCUGCAACUUUACCGAAAGUAUCUGGAGUUAAGCAAAAAUGGCAGUGAACCAGAGUCCUUCCACAAAGUGCUCAAGGGGCUUUAUGAGAAGGGUCGAAAAAUGGAUUGGAAGGUUCCUGAGCCUGAUGGCCAAGCAAGCCCCAAGAAUUCAGCCGUCUUCUCCACUGUGCUGGCGCUCUGACUGCUCUUUUCCAGCCACAUCCUUCCAUCCCCCUUCCUUGAGUGCUCUGUGGCUACACAACAGAAGCAGCAGCAGGGAGAGGUGGUUUCUCCAAUUGCUGGCCUUCUUCCUCCCCCUCUCCAGCACUGCCCUGGGGACAGGGCUUAGGCCCCAGGCCCCAACUCAGACCUAUAGGGACUCUGCUGAUGGUGCUAUCAUUAGAACUGUUGGAAUUUCCUCGGUGCAGCUAGGAUGUUACAAAAUAUGCAGGAGCUGAGCUCCCCUCCACCCUUGUGGCAGCACGGAGAGCAAAACCUGGAAACUGGCCCAGAAAGGAAGAAGCAGUACAGAGUUAACAGCAGUUAACACAGGACACUCGGUCCCUAGCUGGCUAGGGACAGUAGUGCCGGGCAAUGGCAAGACAGGUGAAUAGCUCUGGACUUAAGUGACGAAUGUAUGGAGGAUCCAGAGGUACAGCUUCAGGGGCCAGAGCAAAAAAGAACACAAGGGCCUUUGACCUUUGGCUACAAAGCUCAGCAGGGUUAUUUCUGCUGACACCUUCUUCCUAAGCUUUGUCUGCAAUGGAAUGUUUUGUAAAAUAAAAGCAAAAAUCUCA